AUGGUCCACUGGCUCGACGUAACCCCCGAAUACAACACCUCCCCGCUCAUCCCCCUCUGCUUCGUAACCGUCCUCUCCUCCUACGGCCUCUACAUGUCAUACCAGAACAUCACGCGCCUCCAGGAGUACGAAGACCAGGCACAGAAGCUGUCGAAAUGGAGCAACACCGUUGCAGCGCGGUUGAACAAGACGAGGACGACGCAGACUAGUGGGACGAUCGCCAUGGUGCUGUCCACAUUCUGCUCGCUGCUGUUGUUGCUUACCAAGUUCGGCAUCACGACGCACGUGGUGCUCGCCCUCAUCUGCACGGCUGUCAGCGCGCUGGCGCGACUGCACAUGAAGACGUUCUGGAACGAGAAGGAGCAGGUCAGGAUCCCGCUGAUGGGCAAGUUCAACGAGGCGGUCAGCGGGAGCGAGGAGGUGGUGCAGUUGCUGGGGGGGAUCACGGCGGCGUGGAUUGCGGCGGGGUUGCUGUCGUUCUUUUAG